AUGGCUUCUUUGAGGAGCCCGUCUUCGCCGUCCGACGGUUAUAAAAGGUUCAGUGAUGAUUUCGCAAACACCAGCAUCAACAAUUACGGCUCGAACGUCACAAAUACGAGGACGGGGACAGAUGGAGCUGGUGAUUCUGGGACCCUGGACAUGGGAAGCCGGUCGUCAUUGCACACCGGUCUUAACAUGUCCGAGGACGAGCAUUGGGAGAUGAACUACCAUGAGGCUGCUAUUUACUUAGAGGAAGGCUUAAAUAAUGAGAAGUUCGACUCUCAUCCGUCGAGUCCUGAAGAGUUGCCAGCGUACCUCAGGGUCCACAAUCCAUGGUACCAUGGUCUGGACCUCCUUGCUUCCUUAGUGCUUAUACUCUUAGCUUUUACUGAAGAUCCCGCCGUGCCUACAUUUGAGUUACCAGUAUGGGCGCACGGGACGAUAGAACUGUUGGCGCUGACAGUGAUUGGCGUAGAGCUGCACUUGAAGCUCAAGUGGAUCGGAUGGAGCACCAUACUCAAACACAAGAGGACAAUGAUAAAGGGCAUUACAUUACUCAUAAUGGUGCUGGAGGCAGUAGUAGUGCUAUGCAGACAGUCUUCCCACUUCCGAGUCACCAGAGCACUGCGUCCCAUCUUCUUAGUGGACACCAGGCACUGUGGUGGAGUUCGGAGGUUCAUCAGGCAGAUACUCCAGUCAUUACCACCGAUCAUUGAUAUGUUAGGGUUGUUGAUGUUCUUCGUGGCGACGUACUCACUGCUGGGUUACUACCUGUUCUCGGAGCACGUGGACAACGGACACUUCCAGACUAUCAGCGACUCCUUCGUCAGCAUGUUCGUCCUACUCACCACUGCUAAUUUCCCAGAUGUCAUGAUGCCUUCAUACGCGAAGUCCAAGUGGUACGCGGUCUUCUUCAUCCUGUACAUCAUCACAGUCCUUUACGUACUCAUGAACUUGAUGUUGGCGGUGGUGUACGAGACGUUCACCCGCAUCGAGCGCGAGAAGUGCCGCGCGCUGCUGCUGCACCGGCGGCGCGCGGCGCGACACGCCUUCCGACUGCUCGUGUCGCGCCGCGCGCCGCACGCCGUGCGGCUCAGGCACUUCGCGGGGCUCAUGCGCCACUACGCACCGCACUACAGUGGCCUGGACGUGUACCUAAUGUUCAAGCAGUUGAACCAGUCAUCAUCAGGCGGUCUGUCCCGCAGUGAGUUCUCCAACCUGUACGAGGUGUUUGCCCUGCGCUGGGCGGGUCAGCAGUCGCGGGCGCCGUGGUACUCGCAGUCUCCACUAGAACCGCUCGGCAGGGCUGCGGCGGCCGCUGUACGGUGGCCGUACUUCGAGUAUCUUAUCUAUGCCCUGAUAGUGGGUAACGGUCUGGCGAUGGUGCUCCGUGUCUGCGAGGCGGCCGGGGACCUGCAGGACAGUGCGCGACUACUCUGUGCGUCAUGGGACACCUGGCUCUUCCUUACUUUAUUCCUCCUAGAAGCAGCUCUGCGUAUGAUGGCAUCAGGUCUGGCAGUGUACCUGGAGAGUGGAUGGAACGUGUUCGACCUAAGCGUCACGCUACUGGCUCUCAUGGGGGCCGUGCUGCUCAGCAUCGCGCCCAAACUAUUCAUUGUUGUUAUAUUUAGACCUUUGAGAUUAAUGCGUCUCUACAAAUUGAAGAAGCGUUACCGCGAUGUGUUCGGUACCCUGGUCCUCCUGUCCCCCCUGAUGUCUUCAGCUGGGUGUGUGAUGCUGGUCAUGUAUUACUUCUUCGCUAUCAUCGGCAUGGAACUGUUCGCUGGCUACGAUCUUAGGAAUUGCUGCGUCAACACAACAGUAGAGGACUUCUACAAGUACUCCCUAAACAGCUCGACGGCACUCGGCUACUACUACCUGAACAACUUCGAGAAUAUUGUCACCAGCGGAGUCACACUCUUCGAGCUGACAGUAGUCAACAACUGGUUCAUACUCAUGAACGCAUACGCCACCGUCGCUGGACAGUUCAGUAGGAUCUACUUCAUGGUGUUCUACCUGUUCACGAUGGUGGUGCUGACGAUAGUGGUGGCCAGUGUGUUGGAGGCAUUCCGGUUCCGGAUACAGUACAAACGAAGCACUACUAAGAGAGACGAGGAGAAACUCCUUCACGAGGAAGUGCACACGAGUUGGGAGGAGGCUCAGAGGUUAGGGGCCAGUGGUGACUUAGCGGAUGAGCUGAGGCCAAACCUACCACCUGGGGUGGAGGUAACAUUCAUCGGAUCCCGACCUCGUACGAAGGAGGUGCUGCAGAGAAGAAUGUACCAGACUGACAUACAGAAGUGGCUGGCGGAAGAAGAUGAGAAUGAAGGUGUCCCACCCUCAACAACGAUAACAUCAAGCGAGGACCCCCUGGCCCCGCCUCUCAUCCACCAGCCAGAUAGUGAGAACAACCACCAGAUGAGAACAGGUUACCAAUUGUAG